AUGGCGGAAAGUGACGCUAUUGGCCGAGAUAUGUGCUGCCUCAGGCAUGCUACCCCGGCGCUUCUCCAUAUGGAUCUCCGCAUUCCUGGUUGUAAUCUGGGGGCAAUUACAAGGCUAGAGAUAUGCAUUAUUCAUUGCCGUCUUCCAGGUUGCUGCGUCCAACCCUCUGGUCCAUAUGCCGCCGACCCAGGUGGAUUCUACGCCGCAGAAAUCUUAUCGCCCGGCCCGUCGUCCCCCUGCGUAUCUCCGAACAAAAUCCGGAUGCCUAACCUAAAGAAAAAGUGCGAUGAACGUCGGGGUACCUGCGGAAACUGCGCUCGCAGGUGCAUAGAAUGUGUUUGGUCAUCGCCUACACCAAAAGUGGUUAGAAGUAACAGCUCUGCCUCAGAGCCAUAUGGGGAACUUAUAAGGCUUCCGUCCGAACCACUUGACGCCUUGGGAACUCCCAGUGCUGGGAGUCCUCCCUCAGCCUCUCCAGCGCCCUCCAACGCGGAACCCGCGGGAGAGUCAAAUGUCCCUCUAUGCUUGAUACGUGGGCCAAGUAUAUUGGGACCCUAUCUCGCAGAGACCUCAGGUGCAAGCAGUCAGCUAUUCGAUCUGCUACAGACCAAAUGGCUCCGUCAGUUAAUCAGGCCACUGGCGUCCGAUUCGCUAAUCGAGCUCUACCAUCACGAAUCGAUGGUCAUGGCCAUGUCUACACCUUUCCUUAUGCAAUCCCUCCUCGCAUGUUGUGCGUUCGAAUAUCCAGCACAUGACACAUACACCCAGCAAUACUUUCAAAGACUGGCGGAAACACUCUACGUCCAGGCUGUGGCUGGGCUGCGCAGGUCUCUCGAGUCGACAGGACGCAUGGCACCUACAACUGCUGUUCCCCGCACUGUCCUCCUGCUCUGUAUAUUUGAGCGAACGAGGCCGUUGCCAUCCUCAGCUGUUGAUACCCACCUCUCCGGUCUUGCCCAGUUGGUACAGUCUGAGGUUAUCAAAGCGACAUCAAACGAGGCGUUAUCUCCGCAGGAACAGCUUAUGUGCCGGGUGACCCUGGAGGCCUUCAUAUUCCAUGCAGCAACCAGCGUUUCUUUUCAGCCGUUUCCUGACCAAGACCCAAACGUCGAGCUUGCUCUAACACUUGCAGAGCAUGCGCUACAGGGUGUGUUUAGCCGUGGGACUCCAAAUCAUUCCGACUCCCCCGUAUUAGGUGUUCCACCUAGGCUAUUCCUGGAUAUUCGGGAGAUCUCAUUGAUGCACAUGAAGCAUAAUGAAGAAUACGACUCGAUCCGCUACCUCCAUCUCCUGUCCGACAUUGAAGCGAUUGAAAAGGAGUUGUUGGCGAACUGCAAUUUUCACCCCAAUGGUCCCAUAUUUGUGAACCGGACGGCGUCAGAAAUUACCCGUCCAGCCACAUAUGGCGAGAGGCCUUGUGCCAGCGAUACCUUCCUCCUUGGACCACAGUUAUAUAUCGUAUCAGCCAAGAUCCUCCUCACGGAUAUGUCACAACGCUACGGUCAUAUGCCGUCAUAUGAUAUGGACGAAUUGAUACGAGAAGGAAUGCGGUUGGUAGACCAGUUACAGCCGUCAGUCGACUAUUACGCAGAGUAUUAUAGUUGGCCUAUCCAUGUCUUGGCCCGAUUUGUUUCAAGCCAGCAUGACCGGGAUCUUCUCGUGGCAAAGGUGCAGGGAUUUUGGGAGGGGACAAGGUGCGGAACAAUGAGGAGGUUGGCGGAUAUACUGAUAGCUGAUAUCGGCGAGUCAUUCCCUUGCAAGGAGUAA